AUGGCCGGCAAAGGACUGCUCUCGAACAUCGGCAUCUGGGUGGCCAUCACUUUGGCCACGUGGGGGAUCUCAUGGCUGGUGGCCGCACCCGUUAGUUGCCAUGAAGUGCCUUCAUGUGCCAAGCACCUGCAGACUUACCCUGGCUACUACCACGUGAUCUCGGCUGCAGCAUUGGUGGCCAUGCUGGGCCAUGAGGUGCUGAGCCUCAUCGCUACCUACAUGGGAGCUCAAGAGACGCAAGCCCUGGUGCCCCAUCUGCAGAGCCGCUUCUUGCCCACUCUGCUGCUGGCCGUGAUGUUCGGCGUGCUCGCGACCGCCGAGCGCCUCUUCUCCCGUGCAGAGUGGACCAUCGCGCACGUCAUGCCCAGUGCCGACGGCCUCACAGCUCCUGGCCGCCCAGUGUACACGAUGCAGUACAUGGAGUGGGGGAUCAACGUCCCGAUCAUGCUGAUCCUGUCAGGAUACUGCACGCUCGGGCGCCCUUUACGUGAGGUGUCUCGACCGCUGAUCGUCACCAACGUCUACGUCAUCUUAUGUUGGGUGGCCACUGCGACUGAGAGUGCCUUCCUGAAGUGGUUUCUGAUCGGAGUGUCCUUUGCCAUGUACGCCUGGGCCUCUUACGACAUGCUGAACUGGUGCUCGGCCUACGAGAGAACUGCGCCGAUGGAUCUUCCUAGCCGCAGCCUUCGGCCCUUCCUUUCUUCUGGCCUGGUGGCGCACUUGCUCCUGUACGGUGUGGUGUACAUGGCAUCUGUGGUCGGCAUCAUGGAUGCACACACGGAGCGCAAGUCCUUCUUUGCCUUGACCUUCGGAGCCAAGCUCGCCUACAGCGCGGCCUUCGUGUUCAUCCGAGCAGACGAGUACCACAAGACCCUGACCGACGUGCUACGCAAGGUGAGUGUCUCCAAUGUUGGUAUGAUCUCUAUCUUGAGGGGCAGCUUUGACAUCAUUCUUCCGUGCGUGCUGGAUGCUGCCGGCCGCUGCAAGCUUCCCGACAAGUAUUCGGGCGACAUGACAAAGUUGGAGAAGAUCCUCGGCUAUGGCGUGUCGGGUGCAAACCUGAAGGACCUGCUUGCCGGCGACGAGCAGAAGAAAGACUUCUCAGCUUACGUGCGGAACGUGCUGCGCCAGGCGGACUGCCCGCAAGCUUUCAACUCGGCCACCCUCUCAACACAGGGUGCCUGGAGCUGUGACUCUGGAGCAAUGCCUCCUAUCGCCCAAGUGCUGCACAGCAAGAUCCAGCAGAAAUCUCAGCAGAAGCUGAACACCACGCUCCACCUGUCCGUCGUGCCGCGCUCGGCGCUCAGCUUGGGCAAGGAGCGUCAGCUGGUCGCUGCCUUCCAGAUCGCCACCGAAGGCCCGAACGAUCAGGAGGAGCCCGCGGCAGCAGCUGUGACAAACUUCGAGACGUUCAAGGCAGGACAAAGCUCCUUGGGCGGAUCCACUGCCAAUCCCACAAGUGAGGGCUCUUCGCACGGCAUUGUCGCCAACCUCGCGGACCUCACCAAGCUCGGGGCAUCGGGCAUGCUUGGCACCCCGGAGUUCACUGACGAGGCCAGCGAGUACUGGGGCCACACCGCUUCUGACGAGUCCAGCCAGAAAGACUUCGCAGGGGACAGGAUGUGA